UAAAACUGGUCAAGCUCGCAUUCAUCAUUUUCCUCGUUUGAAUUAAUGGUUAUUUUGUGUUAUUUAACGAGUUGUUCAACUCGCCCAAUAAAUUUACAAUCAAUUAAAAUAUUUUAUGCGCUACGUUUUACCACUUUAGACUAAAAAUAUUCUCGGCAGGUCGUAUCAGUUUCUUUCAUCCCGGUAUGCCUAAUCAAUUUUGUUUAUAAUCUUUCCAGUCUUUUAAAAUUCUUAUUGUUUUGACAAAAUGAUGGUAUGGUUCAGAAUGAAGAUAGAUCAUGAGUUAUCAAAUAACCAUGAGUCUUCUUGGUUUAUAAACUUCCUUUCUGUAUUUUUUAAAAUUAUUUGAAGAAGUGAGUCAUAGAAUAGUAAGCGUUUGGUUCGAGAAAUAGCUAUCAGAGUAAAGGCAAUGUACAGUACUAUGACGCAGAGAUAAACUGUUAUCGAGAAAUGAUACUUUUUCAUACAGAGACGACUAUCAUUUUGGAGGUAAUUCUCGUGUUGAGAAGGUAUUAUAAUUUGGAGAAAGUACUACCACCGUAGCCAAAGAUUUUGAAGGAUUUUCGAUUGUGCAAAAUGCAAAAAGUUUUGAUAAUUUUUUACCUUGCCAGUGUUUUACAUUUAUCCAUUUGUGAUCUGUGCAAAAUAUGCAAGUGUUCAACAUCAGAUGGUUUAAUCGAGUAUGAUUGCGAUGGGAAAUUUAAUCCAAAUAGUGAUGAUAUGGAUCUCUUAUCUUCCAUUUAUGAAAGUCCGCCAAGUAAACUAAUCUUAUCAAAUAAUUGGAUUAAUAAAACGUCAAUUGAGAGAAUUGCGUACCUAAUUGACUUGGAAUUUCUCGUUCUUUCCCAUAAUAAUAUAACAGAAGUGGAUCCAAUAAUUCUUGAAUCAUUUACAAAAUUAAAGGAAUUGGAUCUGUCGUGGAAUAACAUAGAAAAUUUCGAUAUUGGGGCAUUAGCCAAAGGAAGAUUUAUACAACUGGUCGAUUUGAGUCAUAAUAAUAUGAAAAGCAUCAACAGUUCACUAGAAAGUCCUCUGGAAGUUCUAGACAGCCUGUAUUUAUCGAACAAUCUUCUAAAACAGUUACCGAUAAAUUUUUUCAAUAAUUUUCCAAAAUUGUCAACUUUGGAUUUAUCAAAUAAUUUCUUCACUUCAUUCGAAUAUUACCUUUCCAAUGUUGAGGGUUUGAAAUUGUUGAAUUUGGAACAUAAUUCUCUUAACUCGUCAAUUAUGGGAGCUAAUCUUCAAGAACUACGGAUUGGGUACAAUGAUUUAACAUCUCUGCCUAAGAAUUUAUCAGUGGAAAGUUUAAGUAUCGAAAAUAACAAAAUUAGUGACAUCGAAUACGAUGAGAUGUUGUUCAAUGAGUUGAAGUAUUUAAACCUCAGUGGAAAUCACUUGUCCGUGAUAUUAAACCUCACACUUCCAAAGUUGAAAGAAAUGGACAUAUCUAAUAAUGCAUUUGUGUCGAUUCCCGAGAAUUUUAUGAGUGACAAUUUACCAAGUCUGGAAACACUGGUGGUCAAUGGAAAUCCCAUCAAAGAGCUCAAGUUCCUCAAUCAGUUGAAUUUACGAAAUUUAGUCGUAAAGAAUAUAACUCUACUCAAUGCCAUUUAUGAUGAUGCGUUCGACAAAUUGAAAGGACAUGAUGGCAAUUGCAUUAAUAUAACUAUUUCAUCAAAUAAGAAUUUAAAGGAGUUUGAUGAAAAAGCAAUUCGUGGCAUGAAUAUUUGUUAUUUGGAUCUCAGUGACAACGGCUUCACCAGAGUUUCGCAAAAAUUAGAAAAGAUCUUGAAUGGAACGUUACCAGAAUACGGAAUCAAUUUACAAGGGAACCCAUUCAUCUGUGACUGUAAAUCUGAGUGGAUGCUGGAGGAAUUAGUUCCCAAACUCUAUGCUCUCAAUCCUGAACUUCUCAUUGAUCUCAAAUGCGCAAGUCCACCGAAAUUGGUCGGCAAGAGAAUGGUCCACUGGAUGCAAUGGAAAGGCCAAGUCUUCUGCGAUGAUACUUUAACUGGAAGUGACUUUAGCCGUCUAGAAGUAUUCGAAGGCAGCAGGCAAUUUUUCAAUAAGAAAAAUGAAAUCGCUCUAAAAUCUGGGGGUGGAAUGCUCCUAAUUGUUAUCGGUGCUGUUGUUACUCUUUUACUCCUUGUUCUUAGUGGUAUGAUUAUUUCUUACAAGUCUGCACUCCGCAGAAGACGUGUAAACCGAAGAUUAUGAACACUAUUUUAAAUAAUAAAUAAACGAAAUAACAGCAUUACGAACAAAGUCCAACGUCAACUAAAAAUGUACAUGCUGAAUGGAAAGAACAAUCAACAGCAAUACAGAAAGUAAAUUUUCGCUUUUUUUGUCAAUUAAUUUUUCUUCAAGAAAUCAUUACCAUUUGCUGUAUAAUUGAAAAUGUGCCCAUGGUAAUCCAUUCAGAAAAUGGAGAAGAUCAUAAACUAGUCAUAGAGCCACUAUUUCUAGUCUUAUACAAUGAACGUAUUUCUAAUAGCAAAUAGAUAAUGGGAAUUAUCAUUAAAGUCCUUUUGAUUCGUUGUCUCUACUUAGCAAAUGAUUGAUGAGCUCAAAUUGUUCAGUUUUUUUUCAACAAGCGCUUCAAGUACAAGUAGUUCUAAACAAAAUAUAUUUGUACAAUAAUCAGUGAAAUUCGGGAAUUCACCUAUUGCGUUUUCACAACUAAUUAAACACGAAGAAAUUAAUAAAAACAUACAAGUAUUCACAUUUUGAAAA